AUGUUUAUGCACCAUCCCAGUAAAUUGUUAAUAAGGAAAGAUUUUGAAUAUAGACAUUGGAGAACAGAGACAGAUGAGAUUCCAACGCCUUCUGAUGGUAUAAUUAUUUUUCCUCCUGACAAUGCAAAUGAUGAUGUGACAGAUUGCGACUCAGGAGACGAGGAUGUCACAACUAUUGAUCAUUUACCAGGAAGCCAGCUGAGAAAUGACGUAGAGCUAAUUUUUGAUAAACAAGAUCAGCGUGCUCAAGAAUCGGAUUCAGAUGAAGACAUGCCUCUUUCUGAACUACGCAUACAAGAAAACAAUGCUUCAAUAUUUCCGGAAAAACUAACAUCCGCAUCCUGGCUUGUCAGAGAUCUUUACCAGCAUUCUAAGGAUGUUUACUGGAGACCAAAAAUCGAACCCAAACAAAAUCGUCCUCCAUUACAACUCUUCACGCUUUUCUUUGACGACGACCUAUUCAGUAUGAUAACUACAUUUACCAAUACAUACGCGGCACAAAAAAACUUGAUUAGUGAUGUUACAGAUAGCGAAAUUCAGUUUUUUGUGGGUGUGCUUAUUUUGAGUGGCUACAUAGUAUUACCAAAAAGAUAUAUGUAUUGGGAAAAUCGUGAUGACAGUCAUAGUACCAAAGUUGCCGAGGCUAUUUCGCGAGAUAGAUUUACCCAUAUAAUGAAAGCUCUUCAUGUGUGUGAUAAUAAUAAUCUAAAUAAUACGGACAAGUUUGCUAAAAUACGACCAUUAUAUGACGCAUUGAAUAAAAAUUUUUUAAAACAUGUUCCUUUCGAGCAUGAACAUAGCAUAGAUGAAGCCAUGGUACCAUAUUUUGGAAGGCACCCUACGAAACAAUUUAUACGAAACAAACCCAUUCGCUGGGGUUAUAAACUCUGGACAGGUGACAAAAAACCGACCAAAUAUUGUGGUAGUCGACAAGGAAAUCAACUCAGUUCUUCUGGUGGAUAUAACAGUACCAAACAACAAACUACGUGCUAG